AUGCCUCCCACUAAUAUAGCAACAGAGUUUGUAAACAGCAACAAACUGACGGCCAAAGAAUUCAUACCCUUCCUCAAGAAGCAAGACGCGACUUUCUGGAACUUAGUAUCUUCGGAAUCGACGAUUUUGGAAGCCAUGACAUCACAUGAGGUAUUAAAGGAUAUGCCUCCUCUGGAAGGACAGCAGCUUCAAGCUUUAUUUGCAGGACUGCGUUUCUCAGGAGAGGAAGAAGGUCUAAUGGGUUUUGACUCCAAAGUCAUAGCUCCGUCUGCCGCAGAUUUACCUCCUUUCCUAGGUCUUCAAACCCCGGAAACUCAGUCUCGUGAACGCAUCAUCAACUUCGAUCCUAGAGCAAUCCCGUUAUCAUUUGAUGAUCCAAAAUCUCCGGAUAGAAGGAGCCAAGUCCUAGAUAUGCCAGUCGCAUCAAUUGAUGCAUCAUAUUCACCUAAUGGUAAUGCAUCAUUCGACCAAGGUACCCAUCAAGGUGCUUCGAAUGAUGAGCCAUCAUUCAUAGGACUGUGUAACAGCAUUUCAAGUCCACCAUUAGUUGGCAAAUACUCUGACCAUACCAUCAACAACGACUCUCUAUUCCUAACUUUGUUAGACCAAAAGUGGGAAAGAUUACGACUGAUUGACCCAGUUAAAGCUUUCCUCUUCAAAGCCAUGAAGGCAAAAUCUGAAUCCGUACCUGGAGAUAUUGACGCGGUGUUACCUUCUAUCCAAGAUAGUGAUCUUCCACUGGAGCACAUUCAAAAACUCGUCACGGUUAGCCAAAUCUCUACUCGUGCAAAGAAGGAUAAAAUUGGUGCAGAAAUUGCACAAAAACCAUUUCUCGAUGAUUUUCGCAAGCAAAAGAGAGUUGGUAUUAAGGUUUCUCAACUGGUAGAUUGCUUCAGCAAAGGAAUUCUGUACCUUUAUCCAUUUUUUAUGCCCGAAAUCCAGAAAGGAGGAAAAAACAAGACCGGAUCCAAGAAAUGGUCAGUUGCUCGCCUUAGUGUGCUAUGCACUUUGAUACACUCAUCACAAAGCGCUUUUGAAAAGAAUUUGAAACUCUUAGCCAGAGCAUUUGAGCCUUUCCUACACGAAUUAUCCAAUGAUCUCGACGUUGAAGCCUUGUUGAAGGAAUUAGAUAACCAAGAUCCGCACCCAGAAGGUUUGGAAGAUUCCCGGUACCAGCAUUACAGCAGUGACAAUGAUAAGAUGGAAGAACUCUUCGAAGAGUUCCCUGGAACUUCAUGUUUCCUACAAGGGAAAAUACUUUGCGUUAAGGCUUUUGAAAGUCACUGGACCACGCAACUUGCGCAGAUCACCACGCCAGUUGGACCAAAAGCAACAGUCCAUAUAACUAUUAAAGUGUGGGAUAGCCUUGAGAAUGACCACACUUCAACUUUGGAUUUCCAACGAUGGUUAACCGAAGUUGUUAUGUUAGAAGAAGACCCCAAGACGGUUAAGUGUUCAUUACAAAAAAUGAACUCUAUGCGACAAUCGAACCUCGAUGAUUGUGGAAUCAUUGCCUUGCAUAACGCUAUCGCCACUUACCAUGGUGAAGCUGACACAGAAAUGUUUUCGGAGGAAUGGAGUCGUCAAGAAAGAUACAGAUUUUGCUCCAUGUUUGUGCAACAUGCCAAGAAGUUGUAUAGGGAUAGAAGAGUCUAG